GGAACAGGGAAUCAGGCCAUCAGCAGAAGUUCAUGUAAAAGCUCCGCAUCGAAUCUAUAUGUUCAUUGAGAUCUACUAAUUAAAACAGUUCAACCCUCUAUUAAGGAGAUCAAAUAAUGCAAGAUAAUUCUUAUAACGACUAAAAGAAAACUAAAACAACUGUUUACAAGAAAAAGAGAUGGCUGUCAAUUCUUUCAGAUAUCUUGCUGUCUGCUAUUUAAGACAGCCAUUGUUUAAAGUUACAUUAAGAGGUAAUGAAAACCCUAAAAACUGACCCUUUAAUACUUUUCAAAAUCUUUCUGUCUUGUAGCCACAUUAGGAGGUUCAAGCUAUCGAAAUUUUUUAAAGGUAAAGUCAAGCACAGUUUCUUCCCUACGUCACUAUUCUGAUAGCCAAAAUGGCUCAGGGUCCACCAAAGGUCCUGAAAAAAAAGGAUCCUGGUGGUGUCCUAAAUGCGGUGAACCUUGCACUCAUGUCGAUACAUUUGUCAGUAACUGCCACGCGUUUCGUUAAGUGUGAAAAAUGUAAUCAUUUUUUCAUCGUUAUACCUGAGAAUGAUGGAUCUAAAAGGGGUUUAAAGACUGAUGCUACUGUUCAUCCUGGUAAAGCAAAGCAGAAACCUCCACCUGCGCCCAAAAAAAUUUAUAACUAUCUUUCUGAUCAUGUCAUUGGUCAAAAGUACGCGAAAAAAGUUUUGUCAGUUGCAGUUUAUAACCAUUACAAGCGAGUGCAUAACAAUCUUCCUCCAGCAACAAGCACUGACAGAAGUUCUGAUAUGUUUGUUUCGAGUGAUGGAAGAAAUAUCAACAAUACUACUUUAAAUAAUAGAGAUCUUUUACAUCUUUCUGGUAUAAAUCCAAAUACGAAUAUAACUGGAAGUGCAUUAGGUCCGACGGGACCUACAGAAAAUAGACAGACCUCGUCUUCCGAUAUUCUAGAAGCCUCGUCAUACGAACUCCGCCUUGAAAAAUCAAAUAUUCUUAUGUUGGGUCCCACUGGUUCAGGAAAAACUCUACUAGCUCAGACGUUAGCUCGUUGUUUAGAUGUUCCUUUCGCUAUUUGUGAUUGUACGACAUUGACUCAAGCGGGUUACGUUGGUGAAGACAUAGAGUCCGUUAUUGCUAAACUACUACAAGAUGCAAAUUAUGAUGUAGAAAGAGCUCAAAGAGGCAUAGUAUUUCUAGAUGAGGUUGACAAAAUUGGCAGCGUUCCGGGAAUUCAUCAGCUCAGAGAUGUAGGGGGAGAAGGAGUACAACAGGGUAUGCUUAAAAUGCUGGAAGGCACUACAGUAAAUGUUCCAGAACGAAAUAGCAGAAAAUUACGCGGAGACAGCGUUUCUGUAGAUACAACUAAUAUACUAUUCGUUGCAUCUGGAGCUUUUAACGGUUUAGAUAAAAUAGUAUCUAGAAGGAAACACGAAAAGUACUUAGGCUUCGGAACUGUCACUGCUCAACAAGGAAGACGAGCUGCUGCCGCAGCUGACCAAAGAUCCUACUCAGAAAAUGACGAUGUUAUAGAGGAGAUUGAAGAAAGAGAUAAUCUAUUGAAGAGUGUUGAAGCAAGAGACCUUAUCGAAUUUGGCAUGAUACCCGAAUUCGUUGGAAGAUUACCUGUUAUAGUGCCAUUACAUGGAUUAAAUGAAAAAAUGCUGGUUCAGAUUUUAACUGAGCCGAAAAACGCCAUAAUCCCUCAAUUUCAAGCGCUCUUCCUUAUGGAUGACGCUAAUCUAGAAGUUACUCCAGAAGCUUUGAGAGCAAUUGCAAAACAGGCUAUGGAGAGGAAAACAGGUGCAAGAGGACUUCGAGCAAUUAUAGAACGAAUUCUGUUGGAACCAAUGUUUGAAGUGCCUGGAAGUGAUAUCAUUGAAGUUAUAAUUGAUGAGAAAGCGGUAAAAGAAGACGCCGAUGCCAAAUAUGUAAAAAGAGAGUCAGUUUUAAAUGAAGAAAAAGAAGAAUGCACUAAUCGAGUUGGCCAAUGA